AUGGCGACUUCCAGUCAGAAUUUGGAACCUGCGAUAAGAAAAAGAAAACGAGAACCUGCGAGUCCCCAAAAUCAUCCAGAUAUCACCAACCAGCCCCCUGUCAGGGGUACCGAGGUGCACCAUGACACACCCGAGCCUAAAGAGAAGGUUCGGCUCCGAACAGGGACUUUCUGGCUCACCAGGAUCGUGUUACUGCGGUUCAUUAGUUUCAUCUACUUUGUUGCCUUCGGCGUGGCCUACAACCAGAACAAGCAGCUGAUUGGUGAGAAGGGCCUGAUGCCCAGCAGAGAUUACCUCCGCAGUGUCAAGCGCUACGUCGGUGGUAAGAUCGGCGUGGCCGCUCUCUCGUACACGCCCUCCAUCCUGUGGUUCAUGGACUGGGAGGACAUGGACGGGAACCUGGACGCCGUGGCCCUGGCGGGACUGGCGCUGUCUGGAUUCGUGCUGGUAUCGGGGAGGGCGAACAUGCUCAUCAUGGCGGCGUUAUGGAUUUUGUAUCACUCUCUUGUGAGCGUCGGACAGCUGUGGUAUUCCUUUGGUUGGGAGAGCCAGCUACUGGAGACUGGAUUCUUGGGUAUUUUUCUGUGUCCGUUAUGGAGUCUGUCACUGAUGCCCCGUCAGUGCCCACCUUCCCUCAUCUCCAUCUGGACCUUCCGCUGGCUCAUAGUGCGAAUCAUGCUGGGGGCGGGUUUGAUCAAAAUAAGAGGAGAUCAGUGCUGGAGGGACCUGACCUGCAUGGACUAUCACUACGAGACGCAGCCUGUUCCCAACCCUGUCUCGUACUUCCUGCACCACUCUCCGUGGUGGUUCCAUCGCUUCGAGACGCUCAGUAAUCACUUCAUCGAGCUCGUGGUUCCUUUCUUCACUUUCAUGGGUCGACGCAUGUGCAUGAUCAACGGAGCGCUGCAGAUCAUAUUCCAGAUAGCUCUGAUCAUCAGUGGAAAUCUGAGUUUUCUAAACUGGUUAACCAUCGUACCCAGUCUGGCAUGUUUUGAUGAUGCAGCUUUAUCCUUUCUGUUCUCGUCCACUGGGAAACCCAAACAAACGUUACUGAAGAUACAGAGCGAGGAGGCGGCAGGAACAACAACACCAGCAACUAGAGGUAUGUGUAUAAGGCGUGUGGUUAACGUGACUCUGGGAAUUUUAAUCGCCUAUCUGAGUGUUCCUGUGGCCAUAAACCUUCUGAGCCCUAAACAGGUGAUGAACACUUCAUUCGACCCUCUACGUAUCGUCAACACUUACGGAGCUUUUGGCAGUAUCACUAAAGAGCGAACAGAGGUGGUGCUGCAGGGAACGCUGAGUAUGAACCACUCUGAUGAGGGUGCUGUGUGGGAGGAGUACGAGUUCCUCUGUAAGCCUGGAGCUGUAAACAGAAGACCGUGUCUCAUUUCACCCUACCACUACAGACUGGACUGGCUCAUGUGGUUCGCUGCCUUUCAGACGUAUGAACAGAAUGAAUGGCUUAUUCAGUUAGCAGGUCGACUCUUAGCCAAUGAUUCCACAGUGCUGUCUUUAAUCGAGCACAAUCCAUUCCAGAAGAAGGAGAAUCCCCGGUGGAUUCGAGGAGAACACUUCAGAUAUAAGUUCACCAUGCCCGGUAGUGCCGCUGCUGCUCAGGGAAACUGGUGGGUUAGGAAGCGGAUUGGACCUUACUUCCCUCCGGUUAAUGUGGAAGGUCUCCGGAGGUACUUUCAGUCGAGGAACUGGCCCCAACCCGACAGCUACUGAUCACACACAUUCGCUUAACUGUUCUGGACCAUUCAGCAGUGUGGCAAUGUGACUCAAAUGUAUAAGCAAUAUUUAUUAGACAAGAUUCUGGACCUUCAGAACAUUUAACCGGCUAAAAUACUGCAGAUUUACACACAAUUGUGCUGCAGAUUGGAUUUUAAAUUAAUGUAAUUGCAAUGAUUCCAUGUUUGGUACCUGAAUGAAUGUUGAAAUAUUCCCAUAAAACAUGAUAUGACUUUAGACUGCACACACGUCACUUGUUAAUGCUCAAGUGCAAAGUCAUGUGUUGGCAAACAGAGAAAUAUCUACUGACAAUGAGAAUGUGAAUUCUAUUUGAGUGUAUUUGUAAUAAAUGUAGACUGAAA